AUGAGUGAUUAUCUAUUACAAAAAGUCAUACAGAAAUAUCCAAAUAGGGACCAAUUGAUCCAAGAAGGCAUAUGGGAAGGUAAUAUAUAUAAAAUUCAAUCAAAUUCUGAUUCUGAUCCUGAUUCCGAUACUAAUUCUAACUCACUAUCAUUUCUAGAUAAUGACAACUGUGGUAAUCGUGCAUUUACUUCAUUUGAUAGACGUACUAGAGGAUGGAUUUGGAAGACUUUAGUGUUGACUGUCUUGGAAAAUGAGACUAAUUUUUUAAAUGCGGGAUAUCUUAACAAUAAUAUUGAUCUGUUACUCGUACCUAUCAUAUCAUCCAAUUAUUCUAGUAACAAUACCAAUACACAUAGUAUCACCACCACGAAUCAUCAUAAAAGAAUUAGUUCUUUAGAGUUACCAAUUAAGAAAUUGUCACAGGGAAUAAGAAGGUUAACGCCACAUGAAACUUACAUACAUCCACUUCGACAAUCUUCAAAUCAGCACCAUCAUCACGAUCACAAUUAUAACUCUAAUCGCAUACAUUCAAUUCAUCAGUAUGAUAAUCAUGAUGAUGAUGAUGAAACCGAUUCUUUAAAUUUGCAAGAAACUUUGGAAAUUAUUGAUUUGGAUCUCUCACGCCUGAUUAUUGAUGACAUAUUUAGGGAACCUAAAGUUAAUGCAGAAAUGAGACAAAUUCUGUUCAAUUACUUAGUUCAUCUCUCCUUACAAAAGAAUAAUAAUAGUACACAUAUCAUGACUACUGGUAAUACCAGUCAUUGUGGUAUUGGUGGUACGUUAAAUAAUAUCAAUGUUUCCAUUAAUAAUAAUAAUCAUAAUAUGAAAUAUGAUCAUUUAGAUUUGUAUAGUUUGAAAUAUUAUUAUAAACAAGGAUUCCAUGAAAUAUUGGGCUUGAUUUUUUUACAAAUAUAUGAUCCUGUUACUACAAAUAAAGAAUCAUAUAUGAAGAACACAUUAGUUGUAUUUGAAACUUUAAUGAACCAAAUCGAACCGAUCUUCUAUAAUGAAGCAAAUCUGAUUCAAUGGGAGGAGACAAUUUUUGCUAGAAUGUUAGAGCAGUGUUCACCAAAGAUUUACAAAUUGUUUUAUAAUGAAACAAACACUGCGACAACAGAAAAUAAUGAUAUUACAAGAAACAGACAUUUCAACAUGAUUUGGUUAAUUAGAUGGACACGAUUAUUAUUUUUGAGGGAAUUGCCGAUGGAAAAAGUUUAUAUAAUCUGGGAUCAUUUAUUGACUUUCACUUUCCCCAUAAAGAUAUAUAUGGCAAGUUUAAUAGUGAUGAUUAUUUUGCAUUUAAACGAUAUUUUAUUAUCUGAAGUGGACGAUGAAGAAUGUGUAGAUAGUGACGAUUUAAUUGAGAUCAUGCUACAUAUCAAGGAGCAGCCAUGUAUUAUCAAUUUGAAUCCAGUAAAAGUAUGUAAAUUAGCUGGCUCUUUAACACAGAUAUGGUAUUCACAAAACUUUGACAAUAUAAAGUCCCUUAUCAUUGAUAAAAUCACCAAAAAACAGCAACCUUCAAAAAUUGACCCAUAUCGUAGAAGGAUGGAAGAGAAAUUAAGACAAAGAGUUCAACAAUCUUUAAAAUAA